AUUCCACCUGCGCACACUCAUCGAUUAGUUCUCAGAAAUAGCCACCGAAGGCUGGGCCCGCGAGAGCUAACAGACAAGCGCACGUCCAGGCCGCCUGGCAGCCGACGCUGUGGCAGAGAUCUUGCGGCUGCCCGUGCAGCGCAGCAUCCCGUUCGAGGAGCAUGCGCCUGUCUGGCCCACGACAUUGGAGAGGGAGAUGGUGCGAGAAUCCACACUAAUUGCCCAGAUCGUCCUCGGCAGCGCGCCGGAGGCAAGCGGAAGCCAAUUGGUAUCGAACACCCUCCUCAUGUGCGAAGCAGUCGCCCCCUUGUAGACGCGCUUUUCUCUAAGCGGGGAUGGGACCGACGGGUAGCGAAACUGGCGUGAUGUGCUUUCGGCACAUCGAUGGAUCGGCCAUUCUGCUCUAUUUACAAGAGCGAAUCCUGUAAUAAAGGGGGACACGAUGAGGAAUCCACGCUGUUUUACCCACACUUGCAAGCGAUCAUCCUUCGAGUGUUCUGCGAGCAUCGGGUGCGCACUGGCUCCUCCAGCUCAAGAGAUGCACAUGUCCGUGCAUGCCCGCUCCGCCCUGUCCCAGCCAAGAACAACAAAGAACCGCCCUUUUUUUUAAUCGGAUAUAAGGAAGUAGGACACCAGGGAUUGCCGACUGAAACAGCAACAAACAGCAAAUCUGGUCGACAUGUUCAUCCGAGAAACAGAAUUUAUAAUGAGGAAAAUUAAUUGAGCUCAGCGUCUGCUCGGCCCGCUCUUCUCCUUCGGGAAGGAGACCGGUGCCUUGAGCACCGCCUUCUUCGGAGCCCCCGCAGCACGCUUGCUGCUCGAGAACCUUGCGAUUUCCUCCUUGGAUGCGGCUUCGAGCUUGCACCCAACGCUCUCGAGAUACUUUUCAGCCCUAAAAAUAAUACAUC